AUGAAUACAAGUCCGGACGCAGUCUCCGGUCGUGAGUGGGCCGUGGAGUUCAAUUGGAUGUCGCAUCGUCCCGGCUCUUAUCUCAGCGACGGGAGUGGUCGUGGCAAAAUUUCGGUUAGUUUCGGUCUGUACCCACUGGCAGCCGUGGUGAGCAGCGAGCUUCUGCCUACAAAGCUACACGACUUGCUGUACUCACUAGCCUCAAGCUUUGCCUGGCUCCUGCUUUUCGGAAUGAUAGAGGCAUUCAACGCGAUUAAGGCCACAAUUGCACCCGGACUGGUUUUGUAUCUGUGGGUUUUCGGCGGAGCCUCUAUUUUCGUGGGACUGAUUUCUCUGCCACUUUUGCCGGAGACGCGAAAUCGCCGAGCUUCCGCAGUUCAACGGGAGCUAGGAUACGUGGACGACGGAGGGGUUGCCAAGGUGUCUACGGCGACUAAUGGUCACAUUGCCACCCACAUAUAGGAUAGUCGACUAGAUUUAUGUUUACCCUACGAUAUUAGCUGGAUUUAGGUUAAUUAAGCAGGCUUGUUAAAAAUAAAGAAAUUAAAUAUUCAUAUAAGAACAA